AAGAGCUUUUGUCUGUCGUCUUUCUGAGGAAAAAGACCCAAACGUUGUUUUCUCAUAAGUUGACUGCGUCACGUUCACAGCAAGGAGCGACAUCCUGCUGCACUGAUCAGAGCUUUGAUUGCAGGAACUCUGACACAAGCAACCUUAUAAAAAAAAAAAAAAAAAAAAUCACACCGGAAAAACUGUCCAAAAACGCAGUGAAACACCAUGACAACACUACUGGACCUGAAGAGUAGUGUGCUAAGGCAGGUUCAAAGGAGCCAGUCUCUGAGAAGUCGAAGGGAGCCCCCUCCCACUGCCAGCAGCCCCCUCACACACUGUUCUACUGAGCCUUUACCUCGCAGGAUUUCUGAGGAAAGUGUGGAGUUCUUUGAACGUAUGAACACCAUCCUGCAGAAACAGGAGAAUAUGAUGCGGGCAGCCCAAGCUGAGUGCCAUAGAGUGCCAUGCUCAAUGCCACCGCCGCAAGAGCAUGUGGACCAGGCCUUUAUUUCUGAAAGAGUCAGCAGGACAGAGCUGGAUCUGCUCUAUGAAGAAGCGGUGUACACGGUGGUCAACAGGGUUGGCGUGCCGGCUCCAGAACAUGUGAAAAGUGACGAAGAGCUGUUUGCUUACCUUCUAAAGGUGUUUGACAUGGGUGAAGAGGAACAUGAAAUUAUGUUACAAAAAGUUCAAGAAUCAAAGCGAGCCAGCUUUUCCUUGAGAGUCUCUGUUAUGAAAGCAAAGAACUUGAUGGCCAAGGAUUCAAAUGGGUACAGUGACCCCUACUGCAUGCUGGGAAUCCUGGUUGGUCAGAGCCCUAGAGAAACUGAGGAAAAGAAGGAGAGGAAGUUCAGUUUCAGGAAGAGAAGGGAAAAGUUGGAGAAACGCUCUAGCACCAAAGAGGUUUUACCUGCCAGGUGCAUUCAGGUGACCGAAGUCAAACCAGAGACUCUGAACCCUGUUUGGGAUGAACACUUUGUGUUUGAAAUAGAUGAUGUGCACAAUGACCUCUUACAUCUGGACAUAUGGGAUCAUGAUGAUGAUGUAUCUGUUGCAGAGGCCUGCAAAAAGCUAAAUGAAGUCAGCGGUCUUCGAGGAAUGGGCAGGUAUUUUAAGCAAAUUGCAAAGUCAGUGCGUUCAAAUGGAUCAGCAUCAUCAGGGUCUGAGGAGAACGUUGAUGACUUCCUUGGAUGCAUCAACAUCCCUUUGAAUGAAAUUCCUGUUGGCGGACAUGACACCUGGUUUAAACUGGAGCCCCGGUCCAGUGCAUCUAAAGUUCAGGGAGAAUGUCACCUCAUUCUUAAAGUCUUCACCAGCCAGAGAGACACAACAUUAUCAAAGAGGGAAACAAAUGUCUCCAUCCACAAGAAACUUCUCCGUCAGAUUGUGGAGUAUGAGCAUGCUCAGGUUAAGAGAGAGCCAUACAACUGGAAUGGACAGGUUUCUCCUCCAGCGUGGACUAUUCUAACUCACCAUGCUGUGCAAACUGAUCUUUCACCUCUGCAGCAGGCUAUUGUGCGUUGGCAGUGCUACAGCAGCCACCAUCGGAACCAGAGGCUCUGCUACUCCCUGCUGCUGCGCCUCCUGAGGACCAUCGAUGCAGAGUGGGAUCCUCCUGCGGUGAGGGGAGACCUGGAGAGGCAGCUAUCAGACAGCUUCAGACUGUACACAGAGCACUGCGUGUGCCUGAUGAAGAACAUGCGUCAGGUUUUCCCCUGCACAAGUGCUGCUGCCAUUACACGCUACGAGCUCAUGCUGAGGGGGAUUGGCUACAUGCAAAACAUGAGGGCAUUUAAGACUGUUUGUCCUCUCCGAAAUGAGCUUCAUUUGGACAUCACCACUGCUGUCAAGAAAGGAACGUCUGAGUGGUAUGAAAGCUUAAUAGCUCAGUAUAAACCAGAGGAAGGGUCUCUGGAAGAGCAGCUGAAAAAACUGGUACAUGUGAUCGAUGCUGUUUGUGCAGACCUACAGAGAGCCCAAAACAUCUACAACAAAGUCUUUUACAGUGCCGUGAAAGUAGAUUUUUUCAGCAUAUCAUACAGGCAGUUGGAAAAACAGGUAGCAGAUGAUGUAAAUGUAGCAAUGGAGAGGGUUUGUGGCACUCUGGAGCAGGAGAGCUCCAGACUGACUCAGACUAUGGGGGAAACCAUCUUCGAACUCUUCAUGUCCUUGAAGAUCCUCAAAGGCUUUCGAGAGUUUCUUCCCCUCAAGGAUGCCAAAAUGUUGGCACUAACAGGCUUUCAUAACUGGUUCAAGUCAUCGAUUCAUAAGUUCCUGCAGAUUGUUCAUGACAGGUCUUGUGACAGAAUCCGCAAAGCAGUGGACACAGAUCAGCUUCAGCCUGUGCAACAAGCCAAACACAGUUCAUCAGCAGUCGAAGUGACAGCUUGCUUCAGCCAGGUACGCGAAAUCUGGCUCCAGCUGGCCUGGCCAGACUCUGCGGGGGCCUUCAUCUUUGUCACUCGUCUGACAGACAACUUCUGCAGUGAAGCUGUUUGCUACUCAGAGAUGAUGACGCGCAAGAUUGAGAGGAACCAGCUGGGCCGAGACCACAAGAGCUUCAUAGUACAGCUCUGCAUUGGACUGAACAACGUAGAGCACGUGCGUGUUUUCCUGGCUCAGCUGCCCCGGGACUUCGGCUGGGCUGGCGUGGAGCGAGCCAUGGAAGAGUCCUGUGGGGUGGAGGGGAAAGAGCAGGUUUACAAGGCCCUAAAUGGCCAGCUGUUCAACAUGGACCUGGACCUGCAAAGAGAAGUAAAACGUCUGAUCACUCUGCUCACUGAUAAGAUGCUGCCUGAGCUGCGCCGCUACAUUCAGCACAUCAGCUUGUCCCCAGAUUCCAUCAACAAUGACGACGCUGUUUCCCCCCUUAUGAAGUAUCUUCAAGACACUAUGCUCAUCCUGACAGCAAACCUUGUCAAAGAAAAUCUGAGCAGAGUUCUGCAGAGCAUGUGGGAGCUUCUUCUCCAAAUGAUCCUGGAUGCGGUUACAGAAAACAGGGGUGUUCAAGUGGAGUUCUACAACCGCUUCCAAUAUACAGUUGAGACCCUGUUGCAGUUCUUCCAUGUCAAGGGAGAUGGUCUGUCCUUGGAAGACAUGAAAAGUGGAGACUACAAGGCGUUGGAUGAAGAGCUCAGACUAAAUAAAUGCUCCUCCUUUGAUCUGAUUGAGCAGUACUACCUGGAGAAGAUUUCCCUCCAGAAAACACUCAAACAUACGCCUUAUGGUCGGAUCAGUGUGAAAUGCUACUAUGACCCUCCAGAGCAGAGACUGACUGUGGAGAUUCUGCAUGCUGCGGACAUAAUCGCACUGGAUGCCAACGGUCUUAGUGACCCCUUUGUCAUUGUGGAGCUUUGUCCUCACCACCUCUUUCCAGCAGCCAAGAGUCAACGCACUCAAGUGAAGCUGAAGACGCUGCACCCGGUGUUUGAUGAACUAUUUUAUUUUCAUGUCAGUCCUGAACAGUACAGACACAGGUACGCUUGUCUGACCUUCACUGUGAUGGAUUAUGACUGGCUGUCUACCAACGACUUUGCCGGAGAAGCUGUCGCUCCUCUUAGCGACUUCUGCUGGCCAGGGAGACCAAACGCCUCGGCUGCCGGAAAGAAUGUCCAGCCAGUCAUUCUGCACUUGUCCCGCAGCAAACCCAGUGAAAAGCCAAUCAUGAGGAUGCUGGAUGCUCGCACGGGAGACAGGGAGGCUCAGGAGUUUGUCCGCAGGCUGAAGGAGAUUGAGAAGUCGAUGGAGGAGGACUAGGAACUGUUGGUACUGGUUGUCUUCAUGUUUUCUGACCACAUAUUGCGACAUGUGCUUUUGUACUUGUAUCAAUGUUUACAAUAUCUAACUUUUUUCCCUAAUGUAUUGUUUGCUUGGUAAUUAUACCAAAACAAAAAGAGAAUCAGGAUGUUUUCUUACUGGAAGAUGAACAUCCUGUCACUGUGCAACUCUAUGCUGUCUCAGUUGAACUAUAUUUUAGAAGUUAAUGGAUAGUCGAUAAUGAAUGUUCUUAGUCUAUAUUUUUUGUAAUGAAGUAAUUGUUAUGCUUGUUGUAUAUUUGAUAUGAUGGAUUUAUCACUGAAAAACUAUUUUGUUGACCUAGUCAACAUAUAGCUCUAAAUCUAACGUCUAAACCUGUACCUCAGAUUUGCUCAUUAGUUAAAGAGGAAUUUAGCAGGGGUUCUUUAAAAAAAAAAAAGUGGAAGUCAAUUGUGUGAAAGCUUAUUUAAGGUGUUAACCUGCUACAUCAUACAUCACAAUUAGUGGCACUCCUGGAAAAGUUGUGUUAAUUAGAGUGAAACUGUCAGCACUCUACUAUAUGUAGGUAUGGACAUGUUUAAACAAAGUUACCCAUUCCCUGAACUACUCAAAUCUACACAUAUCAGCACCACCUGCAAGGCAUUUCCUAUUGUUUUUCCCUUGUGGUGAGCAGAAACUGACCUUUGUGUCAUAUUAUAUUUAUACCACUGGAAAACAAGGUGUCGUUGGUUGCUAUUUAGUUCCAAAACACUAUAAUCAACCUGACAACAUUAAGUAUGCAUCACUACAAUUUGUUUAAUAGAUUAAUUAUAUAGACAUUGGUGUGCCACCAGGGAUCUUUUUAAAAUCAGAUAUUUUUUCCCUCCUGAAAAACUAUACUCAGUCUGCAGGUUGUAAUCCACUCACAUAUUGUACCACUGCUGUUUUUGUAUGGCUUAAUGCACUUCUUAAUAGCGCUAAUCAAUUGUAGAAAGAAUUGGAAGAUUCCUAUUAUGAAGCUUCUGACUUCAAACAUAGGAAACAUAAGAAGAAAUACAUUUUAAAGAGAGUUUUAGGCAGUCGGACACUUAAUGUUUGUUGUCUAGUCUGGUUUAGCAGCAGGGAGGUCUAAUAUUUCCUUGCAGACACACACCACUGCUCGGAUUCAUUUAACUUCCUAGAUUGCUUUU